AUGUACAAACCAACUGCUUCUCUUUUUUUCUUUUUUACUCUCUGUGGAACUGCAAGUUUUGGGGAAAGUCACGGUAGUGAUUAUAACCCCGGCAGCAAAUUAAAUCUCACCGAUGUUGACGUUAUCAUUUAUAUUGGUUACCGUAUUCCCUCGCACGGUCCGCAAUUGCUGGCAGGCUUGAUCGAGGACUUGAACGAAGUCCACUCGAUCUUUGCACCAACAGGGGAGCUGUCAUCUAAGACUGAUGGCACUCUCGACGUCUACAAUUCCGCUACAAAAGCCGCCACUUUAGCGUACCUUGGGGCAUUCAGGGACCGUGAGAGUAUUCUUAUUGUGGUUGGUUCGGAUGUUGUCGACAACCUGACACCAUGGCGGGCGAAGAAUAUGAUAGAGCUUAACAUUGCUUUGGGCUUUUUGUAUCCUUUGUACCAGCCUCAGAACAGAAUACAGAGGUAUGAACAAUUCGCCCUUUUUAACGCCUCAAGAGAAGUGGCUAAGUUCUCCGAAAGCAUCGAAAGUGGGCGACGAAUUGCAAGACACAUAAGCAGCAGACAAAAUGGUGGCUGGAAUCACGAAAGCCUUUUGUCAUUGCUUCAAUCCACUUUUCAAGAUAAUGUCAUUCAUGUGGACAUUUUGAAUGCUUCAAGUGAAGGCUAUUCUUCAGGAUCUUUUUCCGGAGGAAAGGUUAUUCACUUGAAGUUCAAGCCGGACAGCGCUGGAAGCACAGUCUUCUUGAUCAGUAGCAAUGCAAUUGAUCGCGGAGUCGCCACCAUUGUCGGGUUUUUCGAAAUCGUUCGGCAGUUGCAACCAAAAGAAACGGAAUUUCAAGCGAUAAUUGGCUGUUUUAACGAUAGUCGCAAUUUUCUGUCAGGUCUUAAUGGCAAUCCGAUGAAUGAGGUCCUCGGUGUGCCGAUUCCUAGCAGAAAUGCAGACGUCUACGUCAUCGGAGCAGACAAUAGAGACCUAAAGAAAAAGGUUAAAUGUCGCUUUUGUCUUACAGUGCUAUAUUUAGCUCCUGAUAUGGCAUACGAUUACUAUGGUCAAAAGUUGGACUACGAAUUCGGACCAUUAAUGGCCGAUAAUGACGUGGAUACUUUCGUCAGGAAAUCUGUUGGUGACAAGGGAUCAAAAAUGGUCUUUUUCCUGGAGCAGGAUAGUGGUAGUUCUGUCAACCCAUUGUAUUCAACACCCAUUGCAGGACUUGUGACACGCUACCUGCUAAAGCCUGCCAGACAAAAAAAUUAUCUGUAUCAAGAUGUGCUGCAAUAG